UUCUGGAAUGAUUGACAGCUAAACCUCUAGACGUACAGACAACAUAAUUUACUAAUAAUCAGUUAUUAUAAAGUAGGUCAAUUGAUUUUGAUGUACGGGGAUAGCGAGUGCACGAUUCUGAAGUUGAGAAGUGAACUUUCACCCUCCGUUUGAGAGCCGCUGAAAUAAUUCCUCUACGAUCUCUCGAUUCUCACGGUCGAGGGUCGGCGCUCCGCUCGCGGGACCCCGGGAUAUUGUGUUUAACUUACCUGGAUUUUUUUUCACCUGAGUUUUAUCUACCCAGUACACCUGUCAUUUUCAGUGUAUGCUCGUACAGUGAAACACAGCCUGAUAAAAUGACGGAAAAUAAUAACACUAAGGACCCGGAUACAGGAUUAACGGAAGCGGAAGUGUGUGCUGUUGAGGACAGUUGGAGCAUGCUCUACCGGAAAGAACACAGGAAAGAAAAUGGCGUCAAACUUUUCGUUUCGUUGUUCACAUUAUAUCCAUCAGCAUUGGAGAUGUUUCCACAGUUCAGGGGCAGUUCUCUGGAGAAAAUAGCUCAACACCCCAAACUCCCGGCACAUGGCAUGUCCGUUAUGUAUGCCUUGGCCUCGUAUGUCGACAACCUGCACGACUCUGAACUUCUGGUAGAACUGGUGAAGAAGACGGCGGUCAGCCACAUUGGCCGAGGGGUGGGAUCCAGGGAAUUUAAAUGGUUAAAGGAGGUAGUACCGUCUUGGCUGGAGACAGUUUUAGAAGAUGAGUGCACACCCCUCAUGAAAACGUCCUGGGUCAAGCUUCUAAAUAUCGUAGUAGCAGUUGUUAGCGGCGAGGAGCAGAAUAUGAAAUCGUAAUAAGCCAUUAUAAGGUGUGCUAUUACUUAAAAGGGUACCAAUGUGAGGAAUAAGAUGGCUAUUUAUAGUACAGGGAUAUCAGGGAUCCUGAGCCUCAGCAAAUGUAAAAACUUGUCACGUGUUCGAAUAGAUUUGCUAGGAGAUAAGUGUUUUAUUAAUAGCAUGUUUGGAAAGAAACGCCAAGAGUCCCAUAAAGUGUUCAUCUUUAAUUAAGUUAUCAUACAUGUUUAUCAUAAAGGUUCUUUUUUCAUGUAAUGUGUUUCUUGAUAGGCUAGUUUAAACCAAAAAUUGUCUGUGCAUCAGCUUAAAUGUAAUAUAUAUUUAUAAAAAAUUAGAAAUAUGAAAAAGAGAAAAUGAUAUAAAGUAAAUGUAAUCACUUGAAAACAAUAGCGAUGUGUUAAUCCGAAAAAAAAAAUAUCAAACAAAUAUCAAUUGUGGGUAGUUAAUAUACAUGUAUUACAGUUAAGGUGUUUUCAUUAUUACAGUAGCUAGGCUGCCUUAAAUGAAAUACAUGUAUUUAAAAUAUAUAUUUUCUGUAUUUUGUAUGUACCAAAAUAUACAUGUACAAUUUAAAUAGAUUUUAGAUUUUUUGUACAUUGUUAAUACGUGUAUUUUAUGCUUUCAUGAAUGCAAUAUAUCAGCAAAUCCAGUACAUUAUACACUGUAAAUAAAACCAGUUAAUGCCAAAAAUAAUGAUUUCACUAAGAUUUUUCAUAAGCAUUUUCUGUGGAUGAUUGUUAUUUAUUUCUUCCGUUUGACAUCUUGUACAAGUGUAAAUAUAUCCAUUGUGGUUGUACUUUUAUUGUUUGUAUUUGUUGAUGGAUACGCGAUUUCAGGGAAUCCAUUAAAUUCAUAAUAAAACCUAUAUCAAUCACAA